CAUAUUUGUUAUAAGUAGCCUAGCCUACUUAAUGUUAAACUUAAUACUUUGAUUCAGAGGGGUUGGGUUAAAUGUGGAAGACACGUUUCAGUUGAAUGCAUUCAGUUGUACAACUGACCAGGUAUCCCCUUUUCCCUUUAAUUUGCUUCUUUAAACAGUCAUACUUUUGUACUUACAUUUUUUUAUUUCAGAGGCCUUCUAUAUAUGCCGCAUUCACGUGCUAGUCGGAACUAAACUUGGUAAUGUCCGACAUGCUAACUGAUUGAACGCGGUACAUGUACAACCAGAACCAGUAAGGAAUUCGGAAAUAUGCAAGUUCCAACUAGGGCGUGAACGCGGCAAUAUUCUCUGCUAUAUAGAGACGGGUUCGUUGUAGGACCAAUGAUCGUGUCGGUUUCGCGGUUGCGCAGUUUACGCUGUGUGUGAUCACCCGCAUGGAUUCCAGCAUCAGUAGGGGAUUGUGAGUAAACGGGAAAGUGCGUCUGUGAGUCCACCUGUUUGGGAAGAAGGGGACAGUUUUACCGGGGACUUGUUCUGAUUGUUUCGAAGCAAUGUCAGCAUUACGGCGAAACGUGCCAUAGGCGACGAGAUCGCUGCUGACUGAUAGCACUCUGCAUUUGUCUAGACUGGCAUUUGAUACAGCCAGAGUGAGGUAACAUGCAUAUUCACUCACACACUCAUUAGUCCUUGUUCUUUUCAUUUUGACGUCUAUAUUUCCUUACCUUGAGAAUGGUCUGUGUGCCAGAAGAGACUGCAAUCCACGCUUUGGGUUUUGUUUACUAAGCUCCAGUGCCCAACCACUAGCAUUGGCAUCGAUGACUGUAAAACAAUGGAGAGUGUUCCUACCCAGCUGCUCCUCCGGUGACCCCAGGCACCACCUAACUCAGGGAUAGCAUGGGACCCCACCCUGUGUAUCCCUCACUCCCAUCCUUUCUACUCCUCCUCUCCAUCCUCCUCCUCCUGCCCCACACGGCCACCUCUUCCUUCCACUCCAAGCCUCAGGUGGUGGAGCGGGAAUCUGUAUCAGGCACCCCAUCUUCCCCAUCUGGUAACACCACAGGGGGCAAGCGGACGUGCACGGACAAGGUGAUGUGUAGACCUGGCAUUGUGCUGCCUGUGUGGCUACCACUCAGCCCUCCACUGGCGGAGCAGACAGGGAGGGCGAUAGUCUACUUUGCCUGCCUCAUGUACAUGUUCCUGGGUGUGUCCAUCAUCGCCGACCGCUUCAUGGCCUCCAUCGAGGUCAUCACCUCCCAGGAGAAAGAGGUGACUAUCACCAAACCCAACGGGGAGACGUCAGUGACCACUGUGCGGAUCUGGAACGAGACUGUGUCUAACCUCACGCUCAUGGCCCUGGGCUCCUCUGCACCAGAGAUCCUUCUCUCUGUCAUCGAGGUGUGUGGUCACAACUUUGACGCGGGUGAGCUUGGACCGGGCACCAUCGUGGGCAGCGCUGCCUUCAACAUGUUUGUGAUCAUCGGAGUGUGUGUGUGGGUCAUCCCCAACGGGGAGUCGCGAAAGAUCAAACAUCUGCGAGUGUUCUUCAUCACAGCCUUCUGGAGCAUCUUCGCUUACAUCUGGCUCUACCUCAUCCUGGCUGUUAUCUCCCCGGGAGUAGUGGAGGUGUGGGAGGCUCUGGUCACUCUGCUCUACUUCCCAGUGUGUGUGAUCUUGGCUUGGAUCGCCGACCGCCGCCUGCUCUUCUACAAGUACAUGCACAAGCGUUACCGUGCCGACAAGCGGCAUGGCAUCGUUGUGGAAACGGAAGGUGACCUGGCGCCCAAGGGGAUUGAUGUAAUCAUGGACGCUAAGUUCUCGGAUAGCAAUUCCACGGCUGGAAACUCCUCCAGUGUCUGCACAGUCUCUGUUCAGACAGGCAAGGAGCUGGACCAGAACAGAGAUGAGGUGGUACGCAUCCUGAAGGACCUGAAGCAGAAGCACCCGGACAAAGACCUGGAGCAGCUUAUCGAGAUGGCCAACUACUCAGCUCUGGUGCAGCAGAGGAAGAGCCGCGCCUUUUACCGCAUCCAAGCCACACGCAUGAUGAUCGGUGCCGGCAACGUGCUCAAGAAGCAUGCCGCCGAGCACACGCGACGCAAAGCCACCGCUACGGAGGGCGGAGCCCUGGAGAAAGACGACAGGGCCACGUGCACCCACCUGUCCUUUGAGCGUGCCCAGUACCAGUGCACGGAGAACUGUGGUACCCUAAGCCUAGCAGUGAUCUGUGAGGGUGGCAUGGGGCAGCACACCUUCUAUGUGGACUACCACACGGAGAAUGGCUCGGCAAACGCCGGGGCGGACUAUGAGUUUAGCGAGGGGACGCUGGUGUUCAAACCAGGGGAGAGUCGGAAGGAGAUUAAGGUGGGCAUCUUGGACGACGACGUCUUCGAGGAAGACGAGCACUUCUUUGUGCGGCUGCAGAAUCUCCGUCUGGAUGAGGGCGGCAACGAGGUUUCACUGGGAACGCCGCCCAAGGGCCGGAUGGUGGAGCCAUUAGUUGCCAUGGUUACCAUCCUGGACGACGACCACGCUGGCAUCUUCACGUUCGGCGAGCGCGUGCUGCGAGUGAGCGAGAGCUCGGGUACGAUGGUGGUGACGGUGGUGCGGAACUCUGGCUCGCGGGGCACCGUGAUGUUGCCCUACCGCACUGAGGACGGCAGCGCCCGUGCCGGCGUGGACUACGAGGAGACCAAGGGCGAGCUUGAGUUCUCCAACGAACAGACCAGUCAGACUCUACAGGUACGCAUUGUAAAUGUGGAGGAAUAUGAGAAGCAGGAAAACUUCUUCAUUGUGCUGGAUGAGCCCAAAUGGCUAAAGCGAGGAAUCUCAGCUCUGCUGCUCAACCAGGGGAACCCUACUCCAGAAGAGGAGGACGCCAGACGUAUCUCAGAGAUGGGGAAGCCCAUUCUAGGGGAGCACAGCAGGCUAGAGGUCAUCAUAGAGGAGUCCUACGAGUUUAAGAGCACCGUGGACAAACUCUUGAAGGACACCAAUCUGGCUGUGGUGAUUGGAACUCAUUCCUGGAGAGAACAGUUCAUUGAGGCGGUCACAGUCAGUUCAGGAGGUGACGAGGAAGAGGGAGUGGAGCGGCGAAUGCCCAACUGCUUCGACUACUUCAUGCACAUUGUGACAGUUUUCUGGAAGAUUCUGUUUGCCUGCGUGCCACCUACCGAGUACUGGAAUGGCUGGGCCUGCUUUGUGGUGUCCAUCAUUGUCAUUGGCUUACUAACCACCGUCAUCGGGGACCUGGCCUCCCACUUUGGCUGCACCGUAGGCCUCAAAGACAGUGUCACUGCUGUGGUGUUUGUGGCUCUGGGCACCUCCAUCCCUGACACCUUUGCCAGUAAAGUCGCUGCCACCCAGGACCAGUAUGCUGACGCGUCGGUGGGCAACGUGACGGGUAGCAAUGCGGUCAACGUUUUCUUGGGCAUCGGGGUGGCGUGGUCCAUCGCUGCCAUCUACUGGGAGACCAAAGGUCAAGCUUUCCACGUGGACCCCGGCUCACUGGCCUUCUCGGUCACGCUCUUCACCAUCUUCGCCUUCAUCAACAUGGGGGUGCUGAUGCUCCGCCGCCGGCCGUCUGUAGGGGGUGAGCUGGGGGGGCCCAAGGUCACCAAGGUGCUCACCACCCUAUUCUUCUUUGGCCUCUGGUUCAUCUACAUCCUCUUUUCCAGCCUGGAGGCCUACUGCCAUGUAAAGGGCUUCUGAGGGAGCACAGGGCUAAAUAGGUAGAUGGGUAGAUUGAGAAACUCACACAUGCACACAGACACACACACAUGCGCAUACAUGCUUGCACGCACACAUAUACACACACACUAUCAUCAUCAUCAUCGCCACUGCAACGACACAUCUUCGACAUCUAGCAGAAGAUCCACUACCAGGAGUAAUGAUGCAAAUGUCUAUUUUCUGUACUCACUGCCCAGUGCUCACAGAGAGAAUGUCAGACACUCUCUCUCUCUCUCACUCACACACACACACACACACACACACACACACACACACACACACACACACACACACACACACACACACACACACACACACACACACAAUUUAGGGUGUAGAAGAAAAUGUAGAAGGAAAAGCUGGUUAUUUGUAGAGGAAUGUGGUGGUGAUGGACUAUGUGAUGAUCACAAUCACAGGAUGCUAAUAUGCCUGGUAUAGAAAGUGGAGGGGACACCGUGCAAAGACACUCUUUAAAACAGGCUGCUCAGGUUAAGAGGAAAGACAUGGAUGGAGUGUGAAGUCUGGAUCUUGACACCACUGGAGACCACAUCAACAUGAUUCUGGUCUGAGUCUGUCUGGGCCUCAGCUCCUGAGGCCUGGGUAUAGUUUUACAGUUUUGGACCAGGCCAUGAUCUUUGGUAGUCUCUCAAUUCACGUGGUCAAGAUCUGUCACUGAAUACCGUCUCUUGUCAGAGUUAUUUGGCCACGUAGCUCUGGUCCAUCGUGCAACGACAACAACGAGUUACCUCUUCAGAGGCAACUCGUUGUUGUCAUCAUGCGAUGGACCAGAGCUAGUGGCCAAGUAGGACUGACACAACACUGAGGGGACACCUUGUUCUGCAUGCCUUGCCGGCGGCAAAGUAUCAGCACCCCAAUGUUAAUUCCCUAAUGUGGGAGCCGGGUAGGAAUGCAAUGGCUAACACUUAGGUGGACCCAUUUGGCAAAACUGUUUGAAAUUAUAUAAUUUCAAUCAGUGUUGCCCACUGGGGAAGAUGCCUUAUUUGACUAUAAGGUGAAAUAAGAGUCUUGGUUUGAGUCUAGGUCUUCAUCUUGCUGCUUAUGGCCUACCUACGUUAGUUGAACGAGGGCACAACGGUGGCUGAUCCAGAUAAACUUGAUGAACAGAACAAUGCAAACUACACAUGGCAGAUAAGCAUCUCCCUUUCUCCCUUUUUGUCCUGUAUGGCUCAAUGGAUACAGCUGCCUCCGACACCCACAACAACCUCUUCCCCAGCUUUUGUAUUAUACAUUUCUCUUGGAAACAGUUGUAUCUCUAUUCCCUAUUAUGUCAUCUUGUGGCAAGAGGUGAAAUGCUAAUAUAAUGCACCUAUCCCCUUUCAUUUGGGCUCACCCCAUUCUUCAUAGCAACAACAACCAAAGACUAUGGGCUCAAUGCUGUUUGGUAGCAUGCUAUUGCAUGCUGUUUAAAAUGCUGAGAAGCUGCUAUGACAUUAAAAACUGUAAAUUAUAGAGAAAUAACUGAGUAUCUGCCAUUUAGAGUGACAAUGUGACAGAGAUAAUUCAUCCAACUCAAAACGAGUAGUCUUAUCAAUUUAUUUAUGAAUUUUGUCAUUAAAUGUACGUAUAUUUUAAUGUAAGAACUUACAUUCACAAGAAAUGACAUUGUAAUUUAUUUCAAGUUGUAACAAUUACAUUGAAAAUGUAUCACA